AUGAGCCCGUACAUGUUUCCGUUUGCGUACAAGUUUCAAAUCACCUCUGUCCUCUCCAUCACCCACCGAAUUACCGGUCUCGGACUUGGAGUUCUUCUGUACGGCAUUGGCAUUGCCGAACUGUGCUACAGCAAUCUUAGUUUUGAGCAAAUUCUGCAGAAACUUCAGGCCCUUCCCAGCAGCCUGGUGACUGCCGCCAAAGUGGCAGCCGGUACCUCAAUUGCUUUUCACACCUUUAACGGCGUUCGCCACCUGGCUUGGGAUGCCGGCUACGGCUUUGCCAUCAAGGACCUGUACAAGAGCGGCUAUGCUGUUCUCGGUCUCACUCUCAUCACAAUGGCCUAUGUGCUGAUCAACGCAUCCCAAUGA